GAUGGGUCUUUUGAUUGAUAGGACUUUGAUUGUUGGAUUGCUUGAAUGCAGAUGGUUUGGUUUAUCGAUUGGAACACAAACGCGUGUAUGGAAUAAAAGUUGAAUAUGUUUCGAGAAUAUAUGGAUAUUGUUUAGUAAUCGUUUCUAUUGGAAUCUAGAUUGAAGAUUCAUUGCUUACAUAUAAUAUGAUUGAUUGAGAGAACCUUGGAAUUAUAACCAUUUUGUUUUCCUCUUGUUGAUCUUGAACUGAAUUUAUCGUACGGGAACAUUGCUCAGUUUAAUUAUUCCGGCAGAAAUUGUUUAUUUGGCAAUGUUAUCCAUCAGUUCACUGGUUCACAGGUUCACUGCAACGCAUAUAAUUUUCUUUAUUUACUUUCAAUUUAUAAUUUUAAAGCGAUGCUUAACUUUCCCAUUCAGAUAUGAUUUAUCCUUUGACUUAAUAUUAAGAGUCCAUAUUUCGAAUAGAGACGGUUUAACGCCGACGAGCUCUAAAUUCGAAACAUUUUGAACUUAAAAAUCCGUCGCCGAUGUUCGCCGAUGGUAUCAGAUGCUUAAGACAAUACGGUUUCAUAAGUUUUACGAUGAAUUAUGGCUUUAAGCCUGGUUCCCAUAGUUUCGUAAGAGUCGGGAACGUGUAGCCUGCGUGCAGACUCUGUUGACAAAAUUGAAAAUAGGUGAAAAAGUAGAGUCUGCGAAGCCGAGCCGAUUUUCUUGUUCACAGGUUCCUCAAAAUCAAGAAACCGAAUUUGAUUGGUUAGGGGAAUUUCAAUUGUUUUUUUUUCAGUUUUCAAAGAGGCGCCUUCGAGCAGAAGUAUAAAUGAAUGGUAUCGGGAUAAUAGAAUAGGUCUGUAUGUUCUUUUGAACAACUGAAAUUACAGAAAAACAUUGCACGCUAAUGGAGUUGUUGUUUUAGUGGUUAGAAUAAAAUGUUGAUGUUAGCGAGCAAGAAAAGCGGCUCUGUUGCGCAGACUCUACUUUCUCUCCUCUUUUAAAUUUCCGAGUCUGCACGCAGGCUAGGAACAUGUCGCUGAUCUCUUCUUCCAACAUCCAAAACGAUCAAAGAAAAAGUGUUCCCAUGUCAACAACAGCAAACAAAAACGCGCCAAAUUACUUUCUUUUGAUUGGUUGUUUUGAUUGGUGGUUGAUUCAAUUUCCAAGUGAUUGUUUCUUAACAAUAGUGGAUCGGCGACGUCGGCGACCCGUGUUCCCAUUAAAUUUUUCUUUGAUCAUAAGAGAGUCGUAAGAUCAGAUGAAGCGGAGGCGCUUCCUGAAAAGUUGCACAAUUUUAACGCACGUGAGAUCAAAGUCCACGAUGAUUUUUUGUUUCUCAAAUGUUUAAAGAGUAAAGUCUGGUGUCAAUCAAUUGCGUUUGUAGCUGCUGCUGCUGGAAUAAGCAAUUUUACGUAAAGCUGAAGGCGAAUUAAGAUCUAGACGAAUCAAUAUAGCAUUUAGUAACAACAUUGUCAAGGACAAACAAGAGAGUUCUGGCGUAGCAAAUGCAAAACGCGCCAAGAGUUCUGGUGGUUCUGGGCACGGCACAGGGAACACAACUGGGUAAAUCUGUUGUCAACACCAGGGAUCGUCUGUUGUUGGUGGAGGUAAUCUGUUUCAACAAUCUCAGUAUCACGCAAGAAAUCCUGGCAUCCCAUCAUUAUGGACGUUUUCAGUGAAGCAAAGCUGCAUGAUUUGCAGAGCGAAGUAAUUAAAGCAAUUUAUAAUUGGCAAUGGCCCUCGAUUUUGCUCGCUUUCAGCAUCUGCUACACCGCCUACUAUAUGCUCGUUGUUGUCAAGAAGCCAAGAUUUGUAUGUGGAAAAGGCUUGUUGUCGAAUCGUUUAAAGAAACAUCUAUAUGUAAUACAGGAACGGUACUGGCCUACAUUUUGGUGUUUUUCUGCCCAUAUGAUGACUGUAUGCCGUGUAAUUUUCAAGAGCAAGCCUUUCAUACCGUACAGGAGAGAACUGCUUGAAACGCCAGAUGGUGGUUUGAUUAGCCUUGACUGGGUUGACAAUGAUCAAGGCAAUUUACAUUAUCCAGAUCCAGCCACGCGACCAACCCUCUUCAUAAUGCCGGGAUUAACUGGUUGCAGCGAAACCAGUUAUUGCCGUCACCUUGUUUUGGCAGCAAAAGAAAUGGGAAUGAGAGCACUAGUGAUGAAUAACCGGGGUUUUGGAAGAGAUAUUCUUCUUCAGACACCCAGAACAUUUGCUGGUAAUAAUACUGAUGAUUUGCAGCAUGUUCUAGAUCAUUUGAGAGCACUGUUACCUGAUUCAAAAGUCUUUGGUGUUGGAAUUUCUCUUGGGGGAUGCAUAAUGUCCCACUGGUUAGCAGAGGUUGGUGAUACUCAGUCGCAAAUGGUUGGGGCAUUUAUUGUUUCAGUGCCAUGGAAUUGCUUCCAUUCAACUACAUCUCUUGAAAGACCAUUAAACUGGUUCUUGUUUAACAGACAUUUAACUCAAAAACUGCUAACAAUGUUGAAAAGAAACCUCCAUGUUUUCGAACAGCAUCUCAGUAGCUUACCAUAUGAACUAGACCAUGUGUUUCAGGCGAAGUCGAUCCGGGAGUUUGAUGAUCGUUUUACAAGUAAAACCUUUGGUUACAAGGAUUACGUUGAUUACUACAACGCAGCCAGCCUCGAUUCUGCCCCUCUUGGCAACAUUGCAAUACCUACGUUGUUCCUAAACUCAGAGGAUGACCCAUUUUCACCAGGCGACAGUAUCCCGGUAGAUGUCAUCAGAGAGAAUCCUUCACUAGCUUUGAUCCUUACCAAAUAUGGCGGACACAUCGGUUUCACAGAUGGCCUGCUCAUUCGCUCAAUGUCAAUCGUUGAGAAUUCCUUCAUGCAAUUCGCUAAAGCUAUGCUCGAUACACAAGUUACACAAGCGACGUAGGCGCUGAUCGUCUGAAGGACCAUGGCGAACAACUUUCUUAAAUUCAGCCAAAUGCUGGCCAAUGUAGUUUAUUUUAAUAUUGUUUGCUCUGUUGAUUUGAAAAGUUUAAUGUCACCAAGUAAUAGAAAUGUAUUUUUUUCGAUUGCGCUUUGAAAGUAUAGCAAGUAAAGAGUGAACUAGUGUUUGAUUUCGAAAAAGAAAGACGGAGAAAGAAGCAGACAGGAGAAAUAAUGAUUCUCACUGAAAUUGUUCUGUGGUUGGAUCGUGGUAGUGAAACAUUUUGAUACCAAGUUGAUGGGUUAAAAGUGCCACUCACUGCGUAGCAGUAGCUCCUCAAGCAAUCAUUUUAUAGUUAGAAGGUUUCUAUAAAUGGUUUUGGUUGUUUACUAGCUGAGCGGUCUACAACCAUGGGCAGACAGUGUUGGGAUUUAAUGAAUAACAUGCCCCAACUUCAAAUGGGCGGAUGUAAGAGGUUGUUUAUUUUUGUAUGCUGCCCAUCUAUUGUUAAGUCAUAAUUUUGAUGAUUCUGACCUUUUCGGUUGCCUAGAGCUAGCUUAUUAGAGGCCCGACGCCUUUCCCUCACCAAUAAUGUUUUAGAUAGUAUAACAGAGAAGACCCUGUUCUGAUCCCUGAUAAAGGUAGAACUUUCUUAUUGGUUCAGAAAUUACGGUCCAUACUCAUCGAAAGUUAGUCCUACAUCAUUACACCCCCACCCCCCACCCCCCCAGAUAUAUUUUAUUGGCGACCCUGGAGUUGACAACACAUUUAAGCUGCUCGACGACUAACAUGAAAUAAACCUUAUGAUAAAAGGCAGUUUUUUCUUUAAAGUUUAAGUUUCAUAAUUUCGCUGAUUUACUCCGUUAAUUAAUCUAUUUUUACUAACGACGUUGCAGUUUGUAUUAAAUAUCACAUUUCCUCCACUGUACACAAACGCUUGAUUAAGACUUUUUUACAAUUAGUAGGUGAUUGCUGGUUGUUUUACUUAAACAAAUUCCAAUGAUA